GCAAACGUACGGCUCGUGAACCACGUGGUCAGACGCGGCGGCCCGUGUCUGACGGCCACCACUACUCCCGCUAUUAUCAACACUACCGUCAACUCUACGGCCCGACGACUACUGCCGACCACCGCAUGUCUGGCGCCGGGUGUUGGCCAACAUCGGCGCCACUUCUACUCGUAUUGCAAUGAGCCGACACAUCCCAUACCUCAACGUACGCCCAAAUGGAUGUCACCCGAAGAGGCACUCUCUGUGGUCAAGUCAGGCGACCACGUGUUCGUGCAUGGUGCCGCGGCCACGCCCCGAGUGCUGGUACCCGCGCUCGCAGCUCAUGGUAAAAAAGCGGGCCUCAAGAACGUACGCGUGCAUCACAUCCACACGGAGGGCGCCGGCGAGUACAACGCGCCCGAGUAUAAGGACAUAUUCCGGUCAAACUCGCUGUUCACCGGCGGUAACUGUCGGGAGCCGAUCAACGCCGGUCGCGCCGACUUUACCCCGAUCUUCUUGGGCGAUAUACCCAAGUUGUUCUACAAGGGU